CAUCGAUUGGGUUCUUCAUUACACGUGGGCCCGUUUUUUGUUCGCUCAACCAAUUAUACCAGCUCCCUCUAUUCCCUUCUCCUUAUCAACAUCAUUUACUAUUUUCAUAAAUUUGGAUCUCUUGUUUCGCAAUUACAUGAAACGUAAUACUAAAUUCAGCUUAGUUUACCACCAUUUUGGUGAACACACUAAUUAAGGAAGAAUCAAUCACUUGAAAACAGAGAAGACGAAUGUACACGCAUGUAUAAAUUACAUAUAAAAUUACAACAAAAACAAAAUAGUACUAAUAACUUAAUACUAAACGAAAAAAACAUCCCCUCCACUUACACAUGAUCACACCUAUACAUAUACCAUCAAACUUGCUCUCGUUCUCUUCUCACUUACACGAUCACAAAGAAGAAAAAUGAGAACUAUUAUGGAUUUAGGAAAACAAAAAAGUCAUCUACAAAUCAUUGAUUCUCCGACGAACGUUGACUGUGCCCGUGAAGUCGGACUCCGAAGAACGCUCCGUUCACUCAUCGAGUGGGUAAUCCCAUAUUGUUGCACGUACCAACCUCCUCCUUCCGACCAAAACGACACCGUCUCUGUCUCUUCAUUCACUUCUUCCUCCGACCAAUCUGGCGUCGUCGUAACCGGCACUUUCUUUGGUCACCGCCGUGGCCAUGUCAGCUUCUGCCUCCAAGAAGAUACUCGUCCCUCCUCUCCGCCUCUUCUCCUCCUCGAGCUAGCCGUUCCCACGGCGGCUCUCGCUCGGGAGAUGGAAGAGGGCUUUCUCCGCAUAGCUCUCCGGAGCAAAAGCAACCGCCGGUCUAGUAUCUUUAACGUUCCGGUUUGGUCUAUGUACUGCAACGGCAAGAAAGUUGGAUUUGCGGUGAGGAGAGAAACGACUGAAAACGACGUCGGAUUUCUCAGGCUGAUGCAGUCUGUUUCCGUUGGCGCAGGGGUGAUUCCGAACGGCGAGACGUUGUAUUUGAGGGCAAAGUUCGAGCGAGUCACCGGAUCGAGUGACUUGGAAUCGUUUCACAUGGUAAACCAAGGGGGUGGUUAUGGACAGGAGCUUAGCAUUUUUCUUUCAAGAUCGUGAAGUAAUUAGGGAAAAUCUAGUUAUGAUCGAUGUUAUUUUUAAUGUUCGUUUUUGUGUAUGUUACUAGUUACGACUUACGAAAUCGUUUUUACGAACAUUAUAAAUAUAAAUCAAUUCAUGUGGUAUAUGGGA